GCUUUGGCUGGAGGUACGCCUCAUUUGAGCGGUUCAAAUGAUCGGUAAACGAUUUUGUUAGUUCAGUCUUUGGUGACUUUCGUAAGAUAAAAAUCGCAGUUACACACGCCGGAAUUGUGGGCGAACCUAGCGACGUGCGGUGAGAAGUAACGCAUAUUGUAUACGCGUGUGAAAACGUGCUGAGAAAAUAGAAAGAAAAGAAGAUUAAUCGAAAAAAUAUAAAAUUUAGUUCAAAGAGGUGAAAUCUUAUAAUUACUGCAGUUUUUGUUGAUAUUCUUUCUCUGUGCUAUUUGAGGAAAAGUGUGCUAUGUGCUUAAUAUUACUCUACAAAAAAAACUGUUUAUUUAAUUAUUGAAAUACUUAAUUACACUUAAUUAUUGGAAAUCUUUAGUAAUUAAUUUGAAAAAAAAUAAAUAAAUUUAAUAAUGGUUGAAACGGCUACCACAACCACGAUUACGCGCACAACAACACAACAGCAAGUGCCGAAUGAUGCACCUGUAGCCCCCGUACGGCAGCUGCCCAAUAGCAGUACUACGACGGUGAUUACACCAGGACGUCCCCGCAACAAUGACGAAACAGCACGCCGCAUAUUUUGCUUGAAACAAUUUCUGUUUUUAUUGUUGUUGCCAGUCAUUUUAUUCGCUGUCUCCCUCAAACAUUUCCUUGAUUUCUUAUUUGGUUUAGGACAAAAAGAAAAGGAUGUGAGCGGUAAAGUGGCUUUAGUUACUGGCGCUGGUAGUGGCCUUGGUCGGGAAAUUGCCAUUGAAUUGGCCAAAAGAGGCUGUAAGUUGGCGAUUGUCGAUGUGCAUUCGAAAGGUUGCUAUGAAACUGUUGACCUCAUUACCAAAACCAUGCCACGUUGCGUGGCUAAAGCGUAUAAAACCGAUGUGUCUUCUCCUAGGGAAUUGCAAUUAAUGGCUGUCAAGGUUGAAAAAGAAUUGGGUCCAGUGGAAAUUUUAGUCAACAAUGCAUCAUUAAUGCCAAUGACAUCUACACCACAAUUGAAAAGCGAUGAAAUCGAACGCAUUAUCACUGUAAAUUUGGGUUCAUAUAUUAUGACUACAAAAGAAUUCCUACCAAAGAUGGUGGCCAGAAAAUCAGGUCAUGUUGUUGCAGUUGCAGCAUUAUCUGGUCUAGUACCCUUACCUGGAGCUGGCAUUUACAGCGCAACAAAGUAUGGCAUUAUGGGUUUCAUGGAGUCUUUGCGUGCAGAACUUCGACUUUCAGAUUCUGAUUAUGUACGCACAACAACCGCAAAUACGUAUCUGAUGAAAACCAGUGGCGAUUUGCACUUAUUAAACGAUGCUGGCAUAUCCAGCAGCUAUCCUGGUUUGCCCACAGUAUAUGUAGCGGAAAAAAUCGUUAAAGGUGUCAUGCUGAACCAUCGAAUGGUGUACGUGCCAAAAAUAUUCGCUCUAUCCGUCUGGAUACUGAGAUUAUUACCAACCAAAUGGCAGGAUUAUAUGCUGUUGAAGUUUUAUAAUUUCGAUGUGAGGAGUGCGCAUUUAUUCUAUUGGAAGUGAGUCGUGGUAUUGGAGCUGGAUUUUGUGUGACUGCCUCUCGUUCAAGUCAUUAAAAUCUGCUGAUUGUUUUUAAUUUUAAUUAUUUUUAAAUACUUUUUUUUUAUUUUAACGUUCAUGUUUUCAUCAAUGGUCAGCUUUUGUAUUAAAAUAUUGUUUAUAUUAUUUAUCAUAAUUUUGCAUAAUAAGUUUAAUAAUUAAAUGUCAUCAU